AAACUAACUAUACUAGGAGGAGGAAAAAAAAAAGGUUAGUUUAGUAGCUUAGUGUAGGUGGUGAUUAGGCAAAUCUGUGACAGCUUAACGCUACAACCAGCCGCUGCCUGAUCUCCACCAGCCAGGCAGCCACAUCUCCUUCUCCGUCUUGCUCCGCCGCAGAGUGUGGAGCAUAUGAUAUAGAGAAGAAGGGGCAGCUGAAGUUGUAUUCUCUUGGAGAUGGGAGAAAUUUGGUGGUCGCUUUUGGGCGCUGCAAUCCCUGUGCUUGUUGCCGGACAAGCUUUUCGGCUCAAGGCAAGGCACGCAGAAGAGCAGAAGUUGAAGAGUGCAAGGGGAAGAGAAAGGAGUUCGGAUGAGAUCUUUGUCUGUGAAAGAGUCUGCACUUCAAAGAGGAUGUUGAAGAAGGUUGGUUCGUUCUCAAAGGAUCCCAUUCCUGACACCUGUGUCACCGUGUGCGGUGUGUCUGAUCUUGAUGCAUGUGCUGAUGCGUGCGUGCGCACUGUUUGUGUUAACCAGCAUCAAGUGCCUAACUGGAACGACAUAUGCCUUAGAAGAUGCCAAAGUGAAUGCCUGAAACUCUCUUCUCAAUCUUCUUAGGGGUUAGUUGCAUUUUGGGCAAUCAAAUGUUUAUGUGUGCAUGCUGAAUUGUGUUUAGAUGGUUAAUAUUUUGUUUGAUCAUCAUCCUUUCCGGAAACUGUAUGGAAAUGCAAGUCAGGGUAUAGUUAACUA